AUGGUCGUGCUUAAACUGCCAUAUCUUGUCAUUCUGAACGUCGACUGCGGAUUUGAAUUCACCAAUUUUAAAUGUACGUCUUUGGACAAGCAAUUUAUGGAUGUCGAAGCAUGUUUUCUAAAAUCAAAAAAUCGGACAUAUAAAUAUUUGACCUUUAAAACCAAAUUUUACCAAUUGCCAAUUCAGGAUAUUGAGGCCAGGGUUGAGGUCUUAAAAAAAUUGAAUGGCUACAAGCCAUUUCUCUUUAACUUCACGAUCGAUGCUUGCAAAUUCUUGAAGGGGAAACGCAAUCCCAUAGUUCGAUACUUCUACGAACUAUUUGCCUCCUUCUCCAACAUGAACCAUUCCUGUCCAUACAAUCACGAUAUAUACGUUGAAAAGGUGCCCAUUAGCUAUCUGAAUCAUCAGGUGACAGUUGUUCUGCCAGUUCCAGAAGGGGAUUACUGUCUACACGCUGUUUACACAAUCCGCUCUCAACCUCGUUUAGAAAUCGACAUUUUUUUCAGAAUUUACUAA